AUGGCUCCCUUCAACGUCGUCCUCAGCUCUCCGCGCACACGGCUCCUGCUGAUUUUGGCCGCCGCCAGCUGUCUGGUACAGCUGGCAGCUGGGCAGGAGAUCGGCCCCUUCGACUGCAUAAUCUGCGACGACGCCUUACUUGCAGGCCCGUGUAACUUCAACUACCUAAAGGGCCCCGCGACAUGCAAGGCGCCGGGGAGCUUCUUCUGCGGCAAGUGCCCCCCGACGGAUAGCAACGGCAACCCGACGCCCCCUGACAAGGACGUGGACUGCGCGUGCAAGAUGAAGUGCUUGCCGAGCGUCGAUGGAGUCAGCGGCAACUUCUACUGCGAGUGCCCCACAAUUACUCCAGGUGCGAUCUGCUCUGACCCUCAUUUCAGGGGGGCGUACAACACCGAGUAUGACUUCCACGGAGUUCCCAACCGCGACUUCACUCUGAUCUCCUACCAGGAUUUGAAUGUGAAUGCGCACUUCAUCGGGCAGGAUGGCAAGGCGACUGGGUUUGAUGGCACGUGGAUGUCCGAGAUUGGCAUUCUCUGGAACGGCGCUGACGGACGCGUCCAAAACCUAACUGCCAGUGUCCACCAGGGCCACAUUCACGGGGAGGAGAACCCUUUCACCUUCACGGUCAACGGCGAACAACUCUCGGGCGCCUCGUACGAAAGCGCUGACGUCAGCAUCGCGCGCGUCCUGGGCGGCAAGGCUUUCGUCAUCAGCGUCCCUGGCCACGUCAGCAUGCACCUGGCAGCGGAGGACCACCUGAACCCCGUCGGAAACCACAUCGACAUGGCGGUUAAAAAGCUGAAUGUCACAGGCUUCGUGCACGGCGUCCUUGGCCAGACCUUCGCUGCCGCCCGUGCGGCCGCGCUGCGCGACGCGGCCGCGGCGGUGGGCACUUCCGCGCGCUUCGACGCGAGCGACAUCGUCGAAGGCGGCGACAUGGACUACGUGACGUCCGGCUUGCUGUCGCCGGACGCGCACUUCAACCGUUUCCGUACGUCCGCGCGCGCGGGGCCCGACGCGACCGCCAAGAGCGCGGUGCUGAGCUUUGAGAGCCGCAAGCUGCUUUCUGUGGAUUUGGAUAUUUUGGAUAAGGAGGAGUUGAACGUCGAUGUGAGGGCGGAGUUUGGAGAAGAGUCGGGCGGCGUGCGCGUGCUUGUGACACAUGACUAG